GGACUUCGUCCACCUCGUGCCAUAGAGAAUCCUCACCAGGAUCUGGGCCAAUAGCUUCGCUAACCUUGGCCUUCUCUGCCGGAGAAUAGCGCAUCGGCUGCGUGUACGUGGCCCGUCCACGUCGUCCAAAACUGCGUUCCACCUCGCAGCACUCUUGCCAGAGUUCAUCCACCACGGGCCGCUAACUGCUGCAUCGCGAGGACGUAAUCGCCAACUCCUUCUCCGAGCUGCUGCUUCCUCUGCAGAAGUUGGUGCAUCCGGUCGUGCUCCGUCUGAUGGCAUCGGAACCUAUCCAUCACCGAGGCUCGAAGCUGGGACCACCUGUCCACCCUGCAGUGACGCACGUGCACCCAAUACCACUCCCGAGCCCGCCCAGUAAGCAGCACGUUGAACUCCGCUGCAGGAACUCCAACCGGAAGAGCGUGGUCCUGCUGCAGCUCGGUGUCCUGUGGUCCUUGUUGCUCUCGUUGCAGUCCCUGGCGCAAGCGGAGUCCUGGGCAACCCUUCCGAUAUGCGCGGCAAAGCGCCCUCCACAUCCGUGGACCACAUCUUUUCGUCGUCCUCGCCUGGAAAACCCUUCGACCGAAGCAGCCACAAUAAGGGGAGAUGGAGCCGAUCACCAGCCGGUAGACUCCGCGCCAGUCGUCUUGCGCCUACAAUUCCGUCCGAAUUCUCUCUAAACAAGCCGCUCUUCAACUGGACUAACUUUCAGCCGUGCUGAAAGUCGCCAGUUAAGGAAUUCGACUGUUUACAGGAUCUCAUAGGAUUUCCUUUUGGAGUUGCACUUUUCAUUCAAGUCGCGGUGGCCGAGCAGCGCGUGAGGACGUCACGGGUCACGACCACACAUUUAAGUUUGAAACCGAUAUGAUAU